GUUCACUGUAUUCACUCGAGUCAGAUCCGCUGCUGAUGUAACGGGUCAACUUCAACGCGUGCACCUCUCCUGACCGAACAGGACCUUAUAGCCUAUAAUUUCACCAAAUAAAAGGAGUUUUUAGGAAAAUCUGAGAGGAUAAAUAACAAAUCAUGAACAUAAAUCUCGGGUUUGAUCUGAGGGAGUGAAGUAGACCCGCCGGACUGAGGAUUGCGAAGGACUGCAGACACACGCAGGAGAUGAUAAGAGCAGAAUGCAGACGAGAGACCUCAUAACGGGUGCCUGCAGAGGUGAAGAAUGACAUCAUCCAGAUGAGAGGCAUGGAGCUGAAGGUAUGGGUGGAUGGAGUACAGCGCAUCGUCUGUGGGGUCACAGAGGUCACCACAUGUCAAGAGGUUGUAAUCGCUUUGGCCCAAGCAAUAGGACGCACUGGUCGCUACACGCUGAUAGAAAAAUGGCGCGAAACAGAGAGGCAUCUGGCGCCACAUGAAAAUCCUGUGGUGUCCCUAAAUAAGUGGGGCCAGUAUGCUAGUGAUGUGCAGCUGGUGCUUCAGCGUACAGGCCCGUCUCUGAGCGAACGGCCCACCUCGGACACCUCCGCAAGGGCUCCUGAGCGCAGCCUGUACCGCCAAAGUCUCCCUCCUAUGGCGAAGCUCCGCCCUACGGCCAACGACCGAUCCCUUAAGCGGCGUGAACCUAAACGCAAGUCGCUAACUUUCACCGGCGGUGCCAAGGGCCUGCGUGACAUAUUCGGAAAGAGUCGGGAUGGCGAGGCCAAGCAGCGAACUGUGAAUGGAAAUCGCAGCGGUACCCCAGCACCUACGCAGGAGCUCUCUUGCCUGGUGCAGCUGCAGAAAGACAAGCUGCACGUCCUAGAGCAGAAACUUCAGCGCUGCGAGACCGAGUUGCAGCAGCAACUGACGGAGGAGGAAGAGGAGGAGCUGGUCGUACUGGAGCAACAGGUCUGCCGGAAUGACGCCGAGAUGCAGGAGCAGGAAUUCUGGGAGAACGAGCUGCAGAUCGAGCAGGAGAACGAGAGGCAACUGCACGAGCAGCUGCAGGAACUGCGCAGCCGUGUGCAGGACUGCGAAGAGCAGCUGGGAGAAUACCUGGCACGUAUUCAGUGCAUGGAGGCGGGGCUGGAAGCAGAGCGUCUGCAGCAAGAGCUGAUGGAGACGCGGCUGGCAGAUGAAAUGGAAGUGCGAUCACGGCUGGAUAGCGUUCGUGCUGAGCUCGAGAUGCAGAUGCAGCAGGGUGCCAGGCUGGAGAACAGCUGCAGAGCUGUGGAGCUUUCGCUCGGGCAGUCAAACAUUAGACUACAGGAGAGAGAGCAGGAGCUGGAACAGUUAACCAAGGAGCUGAGACAGGUGAACCUUCAGCAGUUUAUCCAACAGACUGGCACCAAAGUAACAGUGCUGCCAGCAGACCCUGCAGAGGAAGAAACUACAGAGAAUGACACCCCGCCUGGAUCUCUGAAGCGGCUUGGAUCAGCCCGGCAGCUUCCCGCUGACCAACGAGCUCUGAAGAGUCAACUAAACACAACCUUUAACCCGGAAGGAAUCUACGUCUGAUUUCCAGCCGGGCUUAACCAUUAUAUCCAAAUCCAUUUAUCCAUUCUGCUGGACUUAACGUCACUUCCAGGAGAUUUCUUUCUGUAUAUUUUCUGGAGGCAGAGAAAACUCAUUUCAUUUAACAGAAAUGAUCAAAGUUACCUUUUUCUUGAUGGCUGGAAGUUCAACUGAUCCCACCCUAUAUCAGGGCUUUUCAAACCCUAGACAUCUCCGAAUGAAUGUACGCUAACAUGCAUUGGACCCAAAGGCCUCAUACAUUUCCUGAACAUGGAUGGCCCUUACCAAACUCAAACAGAUAAGAGACUAAACAUGCUGCCUCAGCCUACGCUCAACCCAUCAACCUUCUGGUGCAGGUCAGAAAAUAAAGCAUCAUGAUGUCUUUCAUUUCAAGAAUGUUUAUGAAUCUCCAGGUAAACUUUACUCUCAAUGUGAUUAUGCAAGUAGCAGAGAAUAUAUAGGUAGCAAAAGGAUGAUAAAUGAUGCCGUUGAUAUUUUAUGGCACACAGUUGUGAUGAAUGCUUGUAGAAAGGGUGGAGUUUCGCCUUAGUUUGCACUUUAUUGGCCAAAACACCUGCUGUGGAAUUUUACUGAAAUCUAAAGAGCUGAAGAAUCAUUUUCUGUGUUUGAUCGUAGUAACGAGAAGAGGAGGUGCAUGUGAUAUGCAAAUAAAAAACACUGCGAGAGAGUAAGAGAAAGAGACAUGUUUUUGCAUGAAAACAGCUUGUAGCAAGCAAAUUUUCUUACAUUCUGAAAAUGUAGCAAAGGAAACUUUUUGUGCUGAAAAGCUUAAUGUAAAAAGCAUCCUUUAAAAUUAUGCAGGUACACAACAAUGUAGUUACGCAAACGCACACGUCUAAUUACCAGUCUUUGUUUUGCUGGGGCUUUCAGAGAAUCCUUUCAUGGCCAAUAAAUGCAAAUUAUUUCUGGUGCAGAAUAUUUACUUUUAAUUUUAUAUAGCUGAUCUCUCUGAAAUGUAAUUUGUCUAGAGAUGUCAUUUUUUACUUACUAACAAAAUCACUCACAGUUGUUAUUUUUACUUCGAUAAAAGCUUGUGUUUAACCAUAUUUUAUUUCUGAUCAAACCAAAGUGUGGACAGCCAUGAAUUCCUGCAUGAAUGUUGAGUUUUGUAAGUGUGCGUGCAAAGGAAAGCAGCUCCAAAAUGUUGAUGUUAUUUUUUUAAUGCUUGACUGUAGUUGGAAUUGCAUCCCUUAAAGGGAUACUUUACUCCAAAAUAAAAAAUUCUGUCAUUUUCUCUCUCUCAUGUUAUACACAAACUUGUAUACAUUUCUUUGUUCUGAUAAACACAAAGGAAGAUAUUUUGAAACCAAACCAAUCAGAGACCCCAUUGACUUCCAUAAUAUAAUUUUUUCUUACUAUGGAAGUUAAUUGGGCCUCCAAUCUAUUUGCAGGGUUCCCACGGGUUCUUGAAAUCCUUCAAGGGAAAAUUCAAAGCCCGGGAAGUUUGUGAAAAUAUACAUACAUAGAUACAGGUCAUCGAAAGUGCUUGAAUUUAUUUUAUGCAAGAAGUUUUCUGGAAAAAAUCCAUAUUUUUGUAGUGUAGGAUAAUAUAAAAAUUCUAGACUUUUUAAGCACAUGUGCUUAUAUCUUCUGUAUGCGAAUGUUGAUUCAUACCAAAAUGCUUUUUUGCAUAGUUGUGUUUGACAAAUGAAAACGUCUCUGGUUACGUAUGUAACUGUUGUUCCCUGAGAAGGGAACGAGGCGCUGCGUCUCCCUUGCCAUACAUCCUGCAUCCCUGUAACGCCAUCUUUGGCAAUAUUUCAGAUAGCGAUAUACUUCCUGGCUCCCGCGUCACCCUGUCUUUGUCGUUAAGCCUCAUCAUUGAUUGAAUUUAAUAUACACAUUCAGACGCACUUACCCUUGGAGGCGUCCCCCAAAGUGUCACCAUAGUGAUGCAGCACGAGUUCCCUCGAAAGGCAACUGUAACAAUGUAUCUUUAAAGGUAACAAAAUGUAACCUUGCUCUCACUUGAAAUGUGUCCCCACAUUUAGUCCUUGAAUUUGAGGGUAUUGGAGCUGGAAAGUCCUUGAAAGGUCAUUGGAUUUGAAUUUAAAUAAGGUGUGGGAACCCUUUAUUUGGUUACAAACAUUCCUCAAAAUAUCUUCCUUUGUGUUCAUCAGAAAAAAUAAAUUAAUACAGGUUUAUGUAUAACACGAGAGUAAGUAAAAGUUUUUUUUUGGGUGAACUAUCCCUUUAAAGACAGACACAAACACACACAACAGAGUGACUCCAUUAGCUUUUACAUUUACGGUGGACAUAAGCCAGAAGCUCUUGAAGAAGUACUGGAAGUGAAGAUUUAUGAUUGUAGUUUCUGGAUUUAGAUUGAUAUUUUUAUAAACUUAUUUUUUUAACAUUACUUUUCAAAAGGCAGUAUUUUAAAGUGAUAAUUUAAAGUCAAUUGGAUUAUUAAUUAUUCAAUUCAUAUCAAAUAAUGAAUUAUUAAAGCUGCAUUCUGUAACUUUUUCGGAAUAAAGUUUGAGCAAAAAUCUUACCUCAGUUUACUUCUGUCAGCUUAUAAUAACAAUUUAUUAUUUGAGCCAUCAGGUACGAUUUCAUGAGUAAUAUCCGUUUGAAUUCUUUUGACUUCAACCCUCUCGAGUAAAUUUUUGUCCUUCAAAAUUACUCCAAAACUUUCCAUUGUUUGUCUUAAAAAAGUUAAGGAUUGCAGUUUUAAGAGUUAUAUCUAUUUUAAAAUCGAAAUUUUUCACUCUGUUGUGAUCUGCUUAAGAACAUCUGGCUGUUCCCGGUGAUACAUGACCAUUUAAAAACUCACACUGCGUCCGAAACUGCCUACUUCCAUAUAAUAUAGCAGGUAAAAAACAUUAGGUGAGGCGAGUAGUAUGUGCAAUUUACUAGUAUUCGAAAACAGUAAGCAAAAAGUACCCGGAUGAUUUACUACUUCUGGCAAGAUAUUAAAGUGUGCAAUAAAUGGACACUUAACCAUCCUGUGAGCCCCCGGGAGAGAAGUCACCCAACAAAGAAGACAGACAGGCAUCAUCACAUAUUAAAACAUUUGGAAAGCGGUAACACGACUAUUGAAAUGUAAAUACAUUUACAGACUAAAGGUUUUCCUUGUGGUUAAAUUGUAAGCAUCCAAGUUAACAGCUCACUUUUUGUUAUGACGAGAUGUCACGUGACGCAUUAACGUGGCAGAUGUAAUAUGUCUGAAUUUCAUCACACUGCCCAUAUUCAUAUAGAACGAACAGUCAUUGAGGUACGUCAUCUAAUUUAGUAUUUCCUGUCACAGUAUGCAGUUUCGGACGCAGGGUCAGUCAUGUCUGUGUGAAGAGAGAAAUGUUGAGAAGCAUGCCUUACUAAAAAAUGAGUGUAAAUAGCAUAUAACAACAUAUCAAUUAGUAGUAUAAGACUUUUUAACAUUGUUGGAAAAAAAUUGCACAACUUUCUCUGUUCAACUGUUGUAACAGCUAAAAUGGACUAAACGUCUUUAUUUCUGGUAUUGUUAGGCUGCAUGCACUGACGUCCUGUUAUGAGCUUGUGUGAGAUACAUGGAGGCCUGAAGUUCAAUCUCUGGUGUUUAAUACCUAAUGGACUAUUAAUGUGGACCGCACUAAAUGCCAGUAUAAAUAUCUGUAACAAGCUUAAGGUGCAGACCUCUUGGGUGUGUAUUUGAAAUUAACAGUGUGUGCUUAAAUCGCCACACGUGUGAUUAAUAUAACAUUUAACAGAUGGUAUAAUGGUUUGAUAACUUGGAUCACAGGUUUUGACCUUUAAUGCAGUACCAAAAUCCCUUUGGGCAAAAGACUUUAGUCUAUUUUUAAAGUAUUAUGUUUAAUAAACUACUUCCUUUGAGUGUUAAAUCCCUGGGAUAAAAAUAUUGAUAUCAUUUCUAUGUUGACAUGUUUAUUAAAAUAUGCUAUUAAUGGAAAAGGGGCAGUAACAUUGUAAAAUAUGAAAUAAAUUUAGAUUAGUGCA